AGCGGUUAGACAGAUCGGCCUGUACCUGAGUGGAGAGCGCCGUGACCCGCUGCGCUCCAGUUCUGAGAAACACAGGGCGGCCCUCGCCUUCUGACGCGGCGGGCUGGGCGGCGGGGCUCACUGGCACAGUGCCCCCGGGUGCUUCACUCUGUGUGUGUGUGUGGGCGCCUCUCCCUCUGGGCUCCCCCGCCCCCAGCUGGUGUCUGGCUGACCGGCUGGCUCCGCGGGGCGCCAGGCGCACCCCACCUUCCUGGCCCGGGAUCAAAGCGCAGCGAGGAGGCGGCGGCGCCGGGCGCUUCCUGUCCUCCGGGCUCUGCCGGCUCCCGCCCGCUCGCCUUCGGGGCUGUCCGGCCUGAGCGAAGGUACCGUGUGCGAGACUUCGGUGCAGGCGCCGCUCUAGGAGCGCAGCGGCUCCUGCUGGGUCUCCCUGCAGAGCCGAGCUGCCUCUCCUGCGAGCCCUCCUCCCUCCGGCUGCGGGCUGCGGAUGGAGAUGCCGCUGUGAGCCUGGCUGCUCCCGCCCGCCCGAGAUGGGGAACUCGUACGCCGGCCAGCCGAAGAGCACGCGCUUCGAGGAGGUGCUGCACAGCUCCAUCGAGGCCUCGCUGCGCUCCAGCAGCCUGGUGCCGCGGCCCAUCUUCUCCCAGCUCUACCUGGAAGCCGAGCAGCAGCUCUCCUCACUGGAAGGGGGCAAUCAAGCGGACAAUGAGGAAGAGGAAGAGGAGGGAGAAAGUGGGCUGGAAAGAAACGGACCCUCAAACCCCUACCCACUGGCUCCUCCUCCUGAAGGGUGCUGUACCACGGAUGGGUUCUGCCAGGCUGGGAAGGACCUGCGUCUGGUGUCUGUCUCCAGCGAGCCCCUGGAGGUCCCCACGGGCUUCCUGCUGGUGGGGGUCAAGUCCCCCAGCCUGCCUGACCAGCUGCUCGUGUGUGCCGUGGACAAGCGCUUCCUGCCGGACGACAGUGGCCACAACGCCCUGCUCGGUUUCUCGGGGAACUGCGUGGGCUGCGGCAGGACGGGCUUCUGCUACUUUACGGAGUUCUCCAGCCACAUCAACCUGAAGCUCAGCACGCAGCCCAAGAAGCAGAAGCACCUGAAGUACUACCUGGUCCGUGACGCACAGGGCGCGCUCACCCAAGGGCCCGCCAUCUGCUGGAAGGGCGCUGAGUUCAGAAGCCGCCAGGCCUCCGCCAGUGUGAGCUCCGGUCCAGUCCUCCUGCCGCUGGAGGGCUCAGGGCCUCUGACUGCCUUUUCUAGCGAGCCUGGUGCUCCUGGGUCGAACCCUGGCAUUCCAACGGGCGCACAGCGGGCAGGCUCGGCGCUGUUCUCUGAGCAGUCCCCUCCAGCAGCCGCCCCCAGUGCGGUGGUUUUCAAUGGCAGGGACUCCCCCAGGCACCAGCAGAUGGCGCGGAGCAACCUGGUGGCGCUGGCGCGGCCCUCAGCCUUAGGGAUCUUGUCAAAUUCUGGGCCCCCCAAAAAACGCCACAAAGGGUGGUCCCCAGAGUCCCCAUGGGCUGCAGAUGCCGGCUAUGCUCAGGGCAGCGUGAACAGAGCUAAGUAUGAAGGCGUAGGUGUGGCGUGUGUGCCCCAGGCCAGCAUGGUGGGACCGGCUUCCGUCACUUUUCCUGUCGUGGGCUCUGGAGAACCCGUAUCUGUUCCUGACAAUUUGCUGAAGAUAUGCAAGGCCAAGCCGGUGAUAUUUAAAGGCCAUGGGAACUUCCCCUACCUGUGCGGGAACCUGAACGACGUGGUGGUCAGCCCGCUGCUGUACACCUGCUACCAGAACUCCCAGUCUAUCUCCCGGGCCUGUGAGCAGUAUGGCUCCUCUGCUGUGCAGCCGAUCUCGGAGGAGAUGCAGCUCCUGCUCACUGUCUACUACCUUGUCCAGCUGGCUGCUGACCAGGUGCCGUUGAUGGAGGAACUGGAGCAGAUCUUCCUGCGUUCCUGGCGCGAGUCACACCUGGCCGAGGUCCGGCAGUGCCCGCAGGCGCCCCUGCAGCCCUACCUGCCUGCACCCGGCCCCGCAGUGCCCGUGACCUCUGCACAGCUACCCUGGCUGGCCGGCCUGGCCGCCAGCUCCUGCAACGAGAGCGUGCACGUCAUCGAGUGCGCCUACUCGCUGGCCGAGGGCCUGGCUGAGAUGUUCCGCCUGCUUGUGGAGGGCAAGCUGGCCAAGACCAACUACGUGGUCAUCAUCCGCGCCUGCCGCAAUGCCGCCAUCGACUCCUGCAUUGCUGUCACCGGGAAGUACCAGGCCCGAAUCCUGUCCGAGAGCCUGCUCAGCCCCGCCGAGUACCAGAGGGAGGUGCACUGCGAGCUGGCGACUGGCAAGGUGGACUCGCUGGGGGCCUUUUUCAGCACCCUCUGUCCAGGUGCCGGGACUGCACUGGACAAAGGCGCUGGUCCAGAGAGGUUCGCGGAUUCCACAGCACAGAAAACCCAUUUCCGCUGUUCUCUCUUCGGGGCAGAGGGCGACAUUGACAUCUUGCUGGACAAAUUUCAUCAGGAAAAUCAAGGCCAUAUUUCAUCUUCACUCACUUCCAUGUCUGUCACUAAUGCAGCGGGCCUCGAGGUCGGCGGGACCCCGGUGUGCGCGAGUGAGUGCCGGGAGCCACGCAGCGUCUGGCCAGCCCAGCUGGCAGUGGCACAGAAGCUGCUGUCACAUGUGUGCUCCAUCGCGGACUCCAGCACCCGGAACCUGGACCUGGGCUCCUUCGAGAAGGUGGACUUCCUGGUCUGCGUCCCGCCCUCUGAGGUCACCUUCCAGCAGACCAUGGCCCACGUGUGGCGCUCAGGCGUGCUGCAGGAGCUGGGACUGGAGCCGGAGCCUGCGGCCGGGCAGAGGCUGGAGCGGCGUGUGCUGAAGCUGGACGCUGAGGCACCUGCCACGUUCACAGCGUUCCUGCAGCGCUCCCGCCGGAGCCCGAACACGCUCUUCGUGCUGGUCCACGACCACGCACACUGGGACCUUGUGAGUAGUGCCGUCCACAGUCUCUACUCCCAAAGUGACCCGUGCGUAGGGCUGGUGGACAAACUGCUCAACUGCAGGGAGGUGAAGGAGGCCCCCAACAUCGUGACGCUGCACGUGACGUCCUUCCCAUACGCGCUACAGACACAGCACACCCUCGUCAGCCCCUACAACGAGGUCCACUGGCCGGUCCCCUACAGCGACGGUGUGGGGCUGUACCCCGAGAGCAAGAAGUACUUCGGGCUGUCUGAGUUCAUCGAGUCCACCCUUUCUGGACACAGCCUGCCCUUGCUCAGAUAUGACAGCUCCUUUGAGGGCAUGGUCACCGCUCUGGGAAAAAGGUUCCCCCGCCUGCACAGCGCAGUCAUCAGGACCCUGGUCCUGGUCCAGCACUAUGCAGCCGCCCUGAUGGCCGUGCGUGGCCUCCCGCAAAUGAAGAACCAUACGUCGGUGGAGACGCUGGAGAUCACGCAGAACCUGCUCAACGCCCCCAAGCAGUGUCCGCGCGGCCACGGGCUCAUGGUGCUGCUGCGCGUGCCCUGCUCGCCCCUGGCCACCGUGGCUUACGAGCGGCUGGCGCAUGUGCGGGCGCGGCUGGCCCUGGAAGAGGCCUUCGAGAUCAUCCUGGGUGACCCCGGUGCCAGCAUCACCGUGGGCAAGCACUUUGUGAAGCAGCUCAAGCUGUGGCAGAAGAUCGAGGACGCUGAGUGGAGGCCACAGACGUACCUGGAGCUGGAGGGCCUGCCCUGCAUCCUCAUCUUCAGCGGGACGGACCCGCACGGCGAGUCCCUGCCCAGGUCCCUGCGGUACUGCGACCUGCGCCUCAUCAACGCCUCCUGCCUGGCGCGCUCGGCCCUGGAGCAGGAGCUGGGCCUAGCUGCCUACUUUGUGAGCAGCGAGGCCCCCGAAGAGCAGGCAGUCAGGAGUGAGGCCCCUGACAGCGAUGGGGAGAAGCCUAGCAGCUCGGACAAUGAGGACGAGGAGGCAGGAACUGAAGCGUGCUUUGAAGCAGCCUCCCCGGAGAGGCGCAGCCCCGUGCGGAGGGAGCGGUCCUGCUCCCACGACUCGGCGUCCUCCUCCCUGUCCUCACGCGUGUCUGGCUCGGUGCCCUGCAGUGAGACUUCAGCUCAGCCCCCGGGGCCCAUGCAGGGCGAGCCGGCCAGGUCCUCGCCGCCCUACGGCCCUGCGGAGGAGGCCAGGGCCCCUGUGGAGAAGCCAAGGCCUGAUGGCGUCCCCUGGGCCGGCCAGCGGAGCCUACAGGUGCCGGCCGCCUCGUGCUCGCAGCCGGCCUCCUCCCCCUCCCCAGGGGCGGCCUCUGCAGGCACCCUGGUCCUGCAGGCCUCGCAGUGCUCCCUGGCCAAGGCCUGCCGCCAGCCGCCUGUCGUCUUCCUGCCCAAGCUGGUGUAUGACAUGGUCACAGCCACUGACAGCAGCGGCCUGCCCAAAGCCGCCUCCCUGCUGCCCGCACCCUCUGUCAUGUGGACCAGCUCCUUCCGGCCCUUGCUCAACAAGACUAUGACCUCCACCGAGCAGUCACUCUACUACCGCCGGUGGACAGUGCCCCGGCCCAGCCACAUGGACUACGGCAACCGCGCCGAGGGCCGUGUGGACGGCUUCCACCCCCGCCGGCUGCUGCUCAGCGGGCCCCCACAGAUCGGCAAGACGGGCGCCUACCUGCAGUUCCUCAGCAACCUGUCCAGAAUGCUCCUGCGGCUGACGGAGGUGGACGUGUAUGACGAGCCAGAGAUCAACUCCGGCCCCUGGGAAGAACCCGAGUGGCGUUACACCCAGCUCAGUGACCCCUGGCCCGACCUGGAGCUGUUCCGGAAGAUGCCCUUUGAUUACAUCAUCCAUGACCCCAAGUAUGAAGACGCCAGUCUGAUCUGUUCCCACCACCAGGGCAUCAAGAGCAAAGACAGAGGGACCCGGAGGUCGGAGGACCCGCCCGCGCGGCGGCAGACAGCCCGGAUGCGGCUGUCCAAGUACGCAGCGCACAGCACCUACCACCACUGCGAGCAGUGCCAGCACUACCUGGGCUCCCACCUCCACUACCAGCUCUAUGAGUCCACCCUGCACGCCUUUGCCUUCUCUUACUCCAUGCUAGGAGAGGAGGUCCAGCUGCACUUCAUCAUCCCCAAGUCCAAGGAGCACCACUUCGUGUUCAGCCAGCCGGGGGGCCAGCUGGAGAGCAUGCGCCUGCCCCUGGUCACUGACACGAGUCAGGAGUGCAUAAAAAGCCCGACCUUUACGCCCACGACCGGCCGGCACGAGCAUGGGCUCUUUAACCUGUACCACGCCAUGGACGGCGCCAGCCACCUGCAUGUGCUGGUCGUCAAGGAGUACGAGAUGGCCAUCUACAAGAAGUACUGGCCAAACCACAUCAUGCUGGUCCUGCCCAGCACCUUCAACAGCGCUGGAGUUGGCGCCGCCCACUUCCUGAUCAAGGAGCUGUCCUACCACAACCUGGAGCUGGAGCGCAGCCGGCAGGAGGAGCUGGGCAUCAAGCCACAGGACAUCUGGCCGUUUAUCGUCAUCGCUGACGACUCCUGCGUGAUGUGGAAUGUGGUGGAUGUGGACUGCUCUGGGGAGCGCAGCCGGGAGUUCUCGUGGUCAGAGCGGAACGUGUCGCUGAAGCACAUCAUGCAGCACAUCGAGGCCUCGCCCAACAUCACCCACUAUGCGCUCAUCGGCCUGCGCAAGUGGGGCAGCAGGACGCGAGGCUGCGACGUGCGUGAGCCCUUCUCGCGCUGCCAUGUGCACGACUUCAUCCUCCUGAACGUAGACCUGACCCAGAACGUGCAGUACAACCAGAACCGGUUCACGUGUGACGAUGUGGACUUCAACCUGCGCGUGCACAGCGCUGGCCUCCUGCUCUGCCGCUUCAACCGCUUCCGCGUGAUGAAGAAGCAGAUUGCAGUGGGCGGCCAGCGCGCCUUCCAUAUCACAUCCAAGGUGUCCGACAGCUCUGCAGCCGUUGUGCCGGCCCAGUACAUCUGUGCCCCAGACAGCAAGCACACAUUCCUUGCGGCACCUGCCCAGCUCCUGUUGGAGAAAUUCCUCCAGCACCAUAGCCACCGCUUCUUCCCGCUGUCCCUGAAGAACCACAGCCACCCCGUGCUGUCUGUGGACUGCUACCUUAACCUGGGGCCUCAGAUCUCCGUCUGCUACGUGAGCUCCAGGCCACAUUCCAUGAACGUCAGCUGCUCCGACCUGAGGUUCAGCGGGCUCCUGCUGUACCUGUGUGACUCCUUCGUGGGGGCUGCCUUUCUGAAACAGUUCCACUUCCUGAAAGGUGCCACGCUGUGUGUGAUCUGUCAGGACCGGAACUCGCUCCGCCAGACGGUCGUGCGCCUGGAGCUGGAGGAUGAGUGGCAGUUCCGGCUGCGGGACGAGUUCCAGACGGCCAAUGCCAAGGAGGACCGGCCGCUCUUCUUCCUGACAGGCCGGCACAUCUGAGGGAAGCGUCGCUGCUCCUGUGGGGCUGGAGAUCCUGGGCCUGGGCCUUAGGACAGUGACGGGCCUGAGACGCUACUCUGCCACUUGGUGGGACAGGUCCUGGCCCUGUGUCCCCAGGGAGCGGCCUGAGCCAGGAGGAUGUGACCCUGGGUGAGGGACCCAGUCCCAGGCCCCUGGGCCAGGCCCUGUGGCCCCACGCUGUUCUGAAGCCGUUUGAGGAAGGACAGUUUGGCCUGCCAUGGCCACGCCUGUGCUUUCUGGAACAGAGCGCCUGAAGGAGCUACAGUGUCUCGGGCGAGGCAUCAGUAUCAGCAGGCGGGCUCCACUGUGACCCCCGCAGAGCAACUCCAAAGGAACGGUUCACCUGGAGAGGCCAGAGACAAGAAAGAAAGGGGGUCAUUCAGUAAGGAUUACCGAGCAGCUUACAGGGUUGUCCUUUUAGGGGCUCGCCCCAGACAGCAAACCGAAUGGGGUAAAACAGCAGCGCAGAUAGGAGUCCACGAAUCCUCACAAGCGAUGCCCGGCCUCUCAGCAGGGGUGCUGAGAAAAGCUUUCUUCAAAACAAAACUUUAAAAUAGGGUUACAGGGGUUGACCUGAAACUUGCCUUACAAAGGAAAAAAGAGCCAAAUUUCUUACUGAAAAAAAGAAAAACAAUAAAAACCACUAAAGUGACAUGCAGUGUGAAGGGCUGGACCAGUGACUCCACUCCAGAAGCCCCGGGUCCACUGCAAGGGGCCCGCUCAUCGUGCCUGGGGCCGGGUUUGCUCCUCGCGCGUUGGAGCGCCACCUGCCGGCCCGGCGCCGCUGCGGACCAGGGAAAGGCCGCCUGAGGUGAGGAAGGGACAGAGUGGUCGGGAAGAUCUAAAAGCACAGUUCCAAGCCCCGACUCUGGCCUCCCCUGUUCAGAUCUCUGCCGGCCGCCACACUGCCGUGGAGGUGGCCCACAGCGGAAGGAAGAGCUUGAAGAUGCUAAAAAAUGGGUCACCAAAAUGCAUCCUUCGAGGCCCUCUUAGACACGACGCCGUAAGCACUGUAGAGGACGCGAUGCAAGAGGAAACUUACAAACGAUGCCAAAGAACGUCUGCCUUUCCCUCCCCCAGGAAGAAGAUAGAGUGACGGUGUAAAAGCUGUAGAUCGGGGUUUAUGAAAUGACCUCCUUGUGUGUGCUGUUGUUCCUAUUUUGGAAUAAAAACUGACCUUCUUUAGUUAAAUCUGUCUUUAGUACAUAGGGGCUCCUUUGUCGUUCGUCGCAUGUUAUUAACUUAAACAUCCCAACCCAUAGUCUUGUGUGCUCCAGUCUCACAAAUAAAACUCAUAACUCACA